AAAUGCUUCUAUAAGUUAUGACGGUCGCUUUUAUAAGCAUAUAAGUGUCCUGUGGCUCUGGUUGUACUCUAUUGUAAACACCGCCUUGAACACCCGAAGAGCAAGUUCUAUACAUACUUCGAAGUAUUCUUGAAAGGAACAAAGAUAUAUUUAACCCUUACCAUAUUGUUUGACAUAUCAGAAUCCACCAUGUCUGAAGAAUCGCAUCCACAGCAGCACCACCACCACGAGAGCUUCUUCGAUCGGAUACUCCACCCGGGACGUCACGAAGACCAGGAACAGCACCAGGACCAGCAUGAGUCUCAGGACCAUGAGUCCCCCAAAAAGGAGAGUGAAUUCGACAAAAUCAAGGAUGACAUCAAGGAAGAUCAGGAAGAAGUAGCAGAGGGCGAUACCUACGCAGGCUUGAUGUGAAUGCUUUAUGACCAGCACCAGUUUGUGCUAUUGUUUACAAGGGAUGGGAUCACUGUCACUUGACAAGGGAGUUUAUAUGUUAUUGGUAAUGAAUUAAAUAAGAAUAUUGGAUUACGGAAA